AUGCGGAGAACACUACGGAGAAACCAAGCGGCAAUAAGGCCACCAUCGUCAAGAACACGGCUCAGCUCUCCAAGAUCCCACGUUAUAUGCUCUCCACGGUUCCACAUCAAAUCAUCACUCAGCAAGCGGAGAACACCACUGCAACUUGGCCGUUCCACAUUAAAUCAUCACUCAGCAAGCGGAGAACACCACUGCAACUUGGCCUGUCAUCCCCACUACAUUGAGGAGCAAGAGGAGGAACUACAACAGGUAAAUGCGGAGAACACUACGGAGAAACCAAGCGGCAACAAGGCCACCAUCGUCAAGAACACGGCUCAGCUCUCCAAGAUCCCACAGGAGGAGCAAGAGGAGGAACUACAACAGGCAAAUGCGGAGAACACUGCGGAGAACACUGCGGAGAAACCAAGCGGCAACAAGGCCACCAUCGUCAAGAACACGGCUCAGCUCUCCAAGAUCCCACGUCAUAUGCUCUCCACGGUUCCACAUCAAAUCAUCACUCAGCAAGCGGAGAACACCACUGCAACUUGGCCUGUCAUCCCCACUACAUUGAGGAGCAAGAGGAGGAUCUACAACAGGCGAAUGCGGAGAACACUGCGGAGAACAUUGCGGAGACAGUCAUCAGCAGCAGUGACACAACAGGCCUACUCUCCACGAUCUCACACCAGCCCGAUACUCAGUAAGAGGAGGAACCACUACAGCAGGUAA